GUUCCGCCUCUAGAUCUGUCCCAACUUGCUUCGAUUUUGAUCAAAAAACUUCCUUAUUUCUUUUGAAUCUACUAUUUCUGAUCCUCCCAGGAGAGAAGCAUCUUACUAACUAGAUCGUCGGACAGUCGAAGAUGAGCGGCGGCAUCCGGCGGUUCCUGAACCUAGGGGUGCAUGACGGGCGCAACCGCGCGUAUUCGUUGCGCCGCUUGGACCUCUCCAAGAUAAACUUUUUUCACCGGACGGCAGAUGAGGUGGCCGCGCAGGGCAAGGUGCUGCCAACACUGACCCCCGCCAAGGCCUCGGUGCCCAACAGGAAAAGGAUCUGCAACACUAAUCUAGCGGCGGCAGAGGCGGCGGCGCCCAAGAUCAAAAAGGCGCCAGCAAGCGAGUUGGUCAUGAGGCCACCGGAAGUCUCGUCCUGCCUGCCGGGCCGUCACUGCGUUCAUUUCUUCCCCACCGCCUCGGAGAAAACAUUCGUCUUGGGCGACCGCGCGAAUCGCAUGCUACGCUUCGACAUGGGCGAGCACUGCCGCUCGAUCGAUACCAUGCCAAGCCUCCACGAGCACAAGCACUCGCCGUUGUCAAUCACCGUCCCUCCGUCGGACUCACACCUCGAUGAUGGAGAAGACUGCGGGGACCUCUACAUCAUCGAUAGGAUCCUCCAUCCGGACAAGUCCGAGGUGAAGCCGCAGUUCGAGGCCCUGGUGUGGAGGGCAGAGCAUCCGCGCUCCUUUUCUAGCAGGUCCUGGCACUGUGACAUCCUCCCGCUGCCACCGUGGAUCAUCCACCAGAAGCACGCCUACGUCUAUGGCCACGCCCUCGUGGGCGACACCAUCUGCUUCUCUAUCGCCGGUGCCGAGGGCACUGGCACCUACUGCUUCUACAUCAAGACUCGUGAGUGGAGCACGGCUGGCGACUGGCUUAUUCCGUUCCAGGGCAAGGCGGAAUACGUCCCGGAGCUCGGGCUCUGGUUCGGUGAAUCACAAGGCCUCCCCUGCGCUGCUGACAUCUCUGGCGUCCUCAGAGGGGAGGAGCCGCUGCCGGAGAAGAUGCGGAUCUGGGCGAAUGAUGACCUGCCAGAGGAGUGGCAGCCGAGCGAAUUGUGCAAGUCCAAGGUCAUCAGCGUUGGCUCCGGCAGGUUCAUUGUUGCUGACUUCUUGGAUUCCAUGAUAUUUGACAAGGACUGCAAUGAGAUGGUUACUGGCAAGCAAUUUGCCCUCUUUACUGGUAUGGAGGUAGUGUACGGCAAUGGCAAGAAUGGCAAUGGCGCCAACAAAGACAAUGACAACUACAAUAGUGGCAACAAUGGCAUCUGCAAAGACAAUGGAAACAUUGGCAGCAAAGGCAAAGAGAUGAUGCGUGGCCUCCGUAUGAUUAAGCACAAAUCCAUUCGUUACAUGUUUAACAAGCAACUGAGUAUCGAGGCGGUGCUCUGAAUGAUUCAGUAUGACAUUUUGACUUGCUGAACUCUAGCUAGUGUUUGACUAUAUCUGUGCAUGCAUGCUGGGACUAAAUGCGCUAAAGUGUACUCUUGCUGCUCCCUUUGUUUUUGCUCCGCUUUAGUA